AUGAAAUCUUAGAAUUCUAAAAAACCUAAUCUGAAGAUUACACUCAAUAAGAAAUCGAUGGCACAAUUGGUGAAUUCUGAUAAACCUCCAAGUUCGAAAUGUUCUUAGAAAACCGCAUCUUCGAAUGGAAAGGUAAGAAAUGUGGUACCACGACUUCAUCCAAGUAGUUGUGUUUCAAAUUCCAGGACAACCAGUCAACUGCCAAUCCAUCAGUAAUUUCCGAGGGGGACAAGAAAUGUAAGUUAUUAUAAAUAAUCAUAAGCACUUGAACCAGAUCAAUCAUCACUAAUUUAAUUGCUGAUUCAGGAAAAAUUUGGAAUUGCAAAAGCAAAACUCAGACAAGGACACCAUUAUUUCCAGACUCAUCACAAACAAAAAACCAGUCAUUUUAUAAAGAGCAAAUACUUCGAAUACCCAGAGGACUCCUGA